GGUUUUUUUUAAUUUUCUUUUUACGUCCACCAUUUAAUUCUUGCACGUGUCAACAACCAAUAUGGCAACUCAAGAUAAGCUAACAAGAAUUGCCAUUGUUAAUAAUGACAAAUGUAAACCAAAAAGAUGUAAACAAGAAUGUAAGAAGUCUUGUCCUGUUGUUCGUAUGGGUAAACUAUGUAUCGAAGUGACGCCAAAUGAUAAGAUCGCUACCAUUUCGGAAGAGUUAUGCAUUGGAUGUGGUAUUUGUGUCAAGAAAUGUCCAUUUGAAGCCAUCUCAAUUAUUAAUCUUCCAAGUAAUUUAGAAAAAGAUACAACUCACAGGUACAGUCAAAAUUCUUUUAAACUCCACAGGCUGCCUACACCCCGACCUGGUGAAGUAUUAGGAUUGGUUGGAACUAACGGUAUUGGAAAAUCUACUGCUCUGAAAAUUUUAGCUGGUAAAUUAAAACCUAAUCUUGGUAGAUUUCAAGAUCCUCCAGACUGGACAGAAAUAUUGGCCCAUUUUCGAGGAUCUGAAUUGCAAAACUAUUUCACUAAGAUUUUAGAGGAUGACCUCAAGGCUAUUAUUAAGCCUCAAUAUGUAGAUCAAAUUCCAAAAGCAGUUCAAGGUUCAGUGCAGCAAUUACUGGAUAAAAAGGAUGAAUUGAAGAAUCAAAAUUUGAUUUGUCAAAUGUUGGACUUGGGAAAUGUACGAGAACGACAAGUUCAAGAAUUAUCUGGUGGAGAAUUGCAGCGUUUUGCAUGUGCUAUUGUUUGUAUCCAGAAAGCUGACAUAUUUAUGUUUGAUGAGCCUUCCAGCUACUUAGAUGUCAAGCAGCGUCUUAAAGCUGCCGAAGCAAUUCGUUAUUUGAUCCAUCCUGAUAAAUACAUAAUUGUUGUGGAGCACGAUUUAUCUGUUUUAGAUUAUUUAUCUGAUUUCAUUUGUUGUUUGUAUGGUGUCCCUGGUGCUUAUGGUGUUGUCACUAUGCCUUUUUCAGUAAGAGAAGGGAUCAAUAUUUUUCUUGAUGGUUUUGUACCAACCGAAAAUUUACGUUUUCGAGAUGUGUCUUUAGUUUUUAAGGUUUCUGAAACAGCUUCUGAAGAAGAGAUCAAAAGGAUGUGUCGUUAUGAAUAUCCUAAAAUGUACAAAACCUUAGGUAGUUUCAAAAUGUCUGUAGAACCUGGAACUUUUACAGACUCUGAAAUUAUUGUAAUGUUGGGAGAAAAUGGAACAGGUAAAACUACUUUCAUCAGAAUGAUGGCUGGAAAAUUGCAACCAGAUGGUGGUGGAAAUGUUCCACCUUUGAAUAUUAGCUACAAACCUCAAAAGAUAUCUCCCAAGAGUCAAGGAACAGUGAGACAAUUAUUGCAUGAAAAAGUUCGUGAUGCUUACAUUCAUCCUCAGUUUAUUGCUGAUGUGAUGAAGCCAUUGCAGAUUGACAACAUCAUUGAUCAAGAAGUAAGGAACUUGUCUGGAGGUGAAUUGCAACGAGUUGCUUUAGUGCUUUGUUUGGGUAAGCCAGCUGAUGUAUACCUUAUUGAUGAACCUUCAGCUUACUUGGAUUCCGAGCAACGUUUGGUCGCAGCUAAAGUCAUCAAGCGUUUUAUUCUUCAUGCCAAGAAGACUGGUUUUGUCGUAGAGCACGAUUUCAUCAUGGCAACUUACCUUGCUGAUCGAGUUAUUGUAUUUGAAGGUAAGCCUUCUGUGGAGACAUUAGCAAAUACACCUCAGACAUUAUUGGCUGGCAUGAACAAAUUCCUUGAGCUCCUGAACAUUACAUUCCGAAGGGAUCCAAAUAAUUAUCGACCACGUAUCAAUAAAUUGAAUUCUGUCAAAGAUACUGAGCAAAAGAAAGGAGGAAACUAUUUCUUUUUAGAAGAUUAAUGAUUGUUCCAGUUAGAUUGAAAUUGGCAAGAUGUAUCACAAUGAUUAAAAGGUACUGGGAAAUAAUUUAAAACAAACUUUUUUCUUUUUUCAGUUUUAUUUUAUUUUGGAAAACUAUUUUGUAAUAUUGCUAAACCAAAUAUGAAAAGCUUUUUUAUACUAUUCUGUGAAGUAUUUUGUUAUGAUAGAAAUUUAUUUCUGUUUUGAACUUAGUUCUAGAUUUGCAAAAUCUAUUAUUUAAUUUUCAGAAAUAUGAGAUAGUUUGAAUUAUUUUUUUAUUGAAAUAAAAUAUUUGUUUCAAUUUAGGAAACAUGAAAUAUUUAUAAAAAAUAUUAUUACAAAAAGUAGAAAUUUACAGAUUGUUAUAAUUGACAUCGAAUUCUGAAGCAUUAAUUGUUAAAGCAUAGUGAUAUUAUAUACCUGACUGAAUUGGGUUUUAAAAUAAUUUUUGUAAAAUAAUUGUAUUGAUGCUAAUAACAAAACAAAAAGUAUUGUAUUUUGCCACCAAACAAUUGACAUUCAAUCAAUUUUUGAAUUGAUGCUUUGCAUGAUAAUUCAAUAAAGUAUUUGUUUUAUUGGCUGAA